AACUGUUUGUUCCUGCAUUACUAAUUAACAAUCCUCUUUGACAUUGUCUCUGGAAUUACAGCUACUCUUUCCCUGUCCACUGGUGCUGAUGCUUGGUUCUUAGGCUGUUUUAUUCAUGUACGACAUUCUUGAAGAGCAGAGGAGAGCUCCCUACGGAUUCUUGUGCACAGGAAAUAAUAUAAUCACAAUAAAUAAAUCUAGGAGUACUCACAAAUUGGCCUCUUGAGAGUUUUCCUGGUUCACCCCAAGCAGGCCUCCGAGCCUCUGUUUAUUCGACAACAGAUGAAAACAUUUGACACCAGCACAACAUGGAUUUCCGAAGGGACAUGUAGUCCAGUCAGUAUGUCACAGAAACAUGUUGCACGGGUAUUAACGUUACAUGUCUACAUGAUAAUAACUGUGAUAAACCUUUUACUAAUCUUCUGUAUAUUUCAUGGAUGUAAUUUAUGGCAAAUGUCACCAAAGUAGGUGAUGCCACAUGUAUGCGAAGAUGACUUAAAAAAAGAAGAAAAAAAAGAAUCCUAACCUUAGCACAGUCACAGUGGUUGGUGCCAUGGCUGUUAAAUGUCAGGAAUCCACACAGGGGUACUGGGGGGUGCGGGGGAGAUGGGGGGGACCCUGACCCAUUUUGCCCGCGAGGCCUAACGUUCCCCAGCAAACAGCUGUGUGGAAGGCACCUGUGAGCCCAAGUCGGGUGAAGUGUUCAGCCUCUAAACGACAGGAAGCUUGCUUCGGGUUGCUUGCUCUCCACUCCUGUGGUGAGAUGUGUGUGUGUGUGUAUGUGUGUGUGUGUGUGUGUGUAUGCACUGGGUUUGAACAGUCAAACCUUUAGGUGAAGAGCACAGGAUGCGAUCCUCUUGCUCAUGUUGAUGACUGGCGCCCAUGCGGCACAUUUCUAUAACACCCAAGUCAGUCGUUCUUCAGCCACAAUACGAAUAAAUUUAAUCCGGCCUGUUUGUAAAGGUCGAAAGGCUUCAUGAGUUCUUCUGUGAAUGAUAUGGACAUGGAGAUCCGUGCCGCGGCCUCUGAUCAGUAAACUCAAGGAACGUUAACUCUGAAAAGGUGUUGGGCAGACUUCACAGGAGACCAUGGGGUGCAACUGCAGCUCUGACUAUGAUGAGGACUGGGUGGAGAACCUAGAUGAGAAGUGUGAUCAGUGCAACUGCCCUAUCGCCCCAGAUGCAAACAUGUAUGAAGGCCAAAGUGGCUUCCCCACCCAGUACACACCACCAACCUCUCCCCUACCAGACAAUCUGGUUGUUGCGCUGUACAACUAUGAGCCCAACCACAGUGACGACCUGGGUUUUGAGAAGGGAGACAAGCUGAAGCUUAUUCACAGAGAUGACCCAGAAUGGUUCAUGGCAGAGUCCUUGAUCACAGGACAGAGGGGCUACGUCCCACACAACUUUGUGGCCAAGCUCAACACGGUGGAGACGGAGACGUGGUUCUUCAAGAACCUGUCUCGAAAUGAUGCAAACAGACAACUCCUGGCACCAGGGAACACACAGGGCUCGUUCCUUAUUCGAGAGAGUGAGACAACCCCAGGCAGUUUCUCUCUGUCUGUGAGGGACAUGGAUCAGAACUCAGGAGACGUCGUCAAGCACUACAGGAUCCGUAACAUCGACGACGGCGGGUACUACAUCACCACGAGGAUCUCUUUCACGUCUCUGUCGGAACUGGUGAAACAUUAUUCACGAGAUCCAGACGGCCUGUGCACCCGCCUGGUGAAGCCCUGUCAGACGCGCGUGCCACAGAAGCCCUGGUGGCAGGAUGAAUGGGAGGUCCCGCGAGAGUCCCUCAAGCUGGAGCGCCGCCUGGGGGCUGGUCAGUUCGGGGAAGUGUGGAUGGGUGUUUACAACAACCACAGAAAUGUGGCCAUCAAGUGCCUGAAGGCCGGGACCAUGUCCAUCAGCGCCUUCUUGGGGGAGGCCAACCUCAUGAAGUCUCUGCAGCACACGUACCUGGUGCGCCUCUUCGCUGUUGUUACAGCGGAACCCAUUUACAUCAUUACAGAGUACAUGGAGAACGGCAGUUUGGUGGAAUUUCUAAAGACUCCAGAAGGCACGCAGCUUACCAUGAACACACUCAUAGACAUGGGCGCCCAGAUCGCAGAGGGGAUGGCUUACAUCGAAGGAAAGAAUUACAUUCACCGAGAUCUGCGAGCAGCAAACAUCCUUGUGUCAACAGAGCUCAUCUGCAAGAUUGCUGACUUUGGGCUGGCACGACUCAUAGAGGACAAUGAGUACACCGCGAGAGAGGGUGCUAAAUUCCCCAUCAAAUGGACUGCCCCAGAGGCUAUAAACUAUGGGACCUUCUCCAUCAAGUCAGACGUCUGGUCUUUUGGGGUCCUGCUGACUGAAAUAGUUACCUAUGGACGAAUCCCUUACCCCGGAAUGACUAACCCAGAAGUGAUCCAGAACUUAGAGCUUCAGUACCGCAUGCCCCGGCCAGACAACUGUCCCGAGGGGCUCUACGACGUCAUGCUGCUGUGCUGGAAGGAGAACCCAGAGGAGAGGCCCACCUUUGAGUACCUGAAGUGCAUGCUGGGGGACUUCUCCACGGCCACCGAGAGGCAGUACCAGGAGCAGGUGUAAUGACGUGGAUUUUUGAAACAGCUCAGGGUACAGAUUUGUUUUCAUGCUUAAGGAUAACUAUACUCAGCGUCCUGGAUGGAAAGCUAGGACUGCUCGUCACAAAAUGGCAAAGAUAAUAACUGCCUUCUGCUUUUCGUGUUGCAGUUUGUGAUGCAAGGCUCAUCAUUUCUGGUUAUUCACGUAAAAACAAUAGACUUUAACUUAGACUGACACCCUUUUUUCUUGUAUCGAUGAUGCUAUUGGUUGGAUCCAGAAGAACUAUUCACUUGAUGUAUUAUAAAGCAGUAAUGCCUCUGUUACUUAGUACAUAAGCAUCUUUUUUUCUUUCCGCACCCACCAAACCAACCAAGCACCCAAUUGAAUUAAUCUUGGAAAGAGAAAUGUAAUGAUGAGGUUGGCUAAUGAAUGUGCUUUCAGAGCCUUUUUGCUUCUGUCACAUGCAGUGAAGUAAGGUGCAUUAUUCGUUUGUGUGUGUGUGUGUGUGUGUGUGUGUGUGUGUGUGAGAGUGUGUGUGUGAGAGAGAGAGAGAGAGAGAGAGAGAGAGAUGUGAAAGGCCAAAUGUUUUUUCCUACUGCUGUUAAUGAACUAUUCAUACUGUAUUCUCGUGUUAUGACAUUCCUUGUUAUGUUGAAACUUAAUAAAUCCUUAUUUACGAA